UCUCAUUAUAACAGCGGAAACAACUUAAAAUACUCUGUCAUUUAUUCCACAACCAAAUUCAUAAGUACAACCUGCUUUUGACUAGCCAAUCAUGGUGUAAUAACAUUUGUAAUAACUUGAAGCUUAUUGGCAGUUUAAAAAUUUACAUAAAUUAAUUUGUCUUACCAAAACAUCCUGUUUCAAUAGGAAAUACAUUAAUUAGCAUAGUGAAACAAAUGGUGUUCAUCAAAUCAUUUUUAAUGGUUGUAAAUAUAAGUUGUGAGCUGUAAGACCUGACAGAUAUUAGGACUCUUUAUCAUAUAGACAUGAAAAUAUUAAUGAAGGCUUCUUUACUUAAACACAUGCUUAAGUGAAACCUAACAUGUUAAAUCAAAUUUCCAUAACCAUAAUGAUUUAUUUUAAACUGUAUUAUAUUCAUAAUAGACUAAUGACUAUUUUCUGUUACAGGCCAACAUUCAAGUUUCAUGAUGGCAGUAGCUUUUAUAGCGCUGCUGGUGGUAAUAGCUGUAAUUGCAGGUUUGAUAUACAGAAGAAACUGUAAACAACCAGGAAACAAAGGCAAGAAUUGAUUUGCAAAAAUCUAUAUAUAUAUAUUUAAAAUGACCAUUUUAAGUUAAUUAUGUGUGUGUUCAUUUAUUAAAUGUCUGACUAUUAUUAAAAUAGCUAAGACAGUUAAGACAUGCAUUUUGCUGAACCAACAUUCUGUACACAUUCGCUUCAGAGUACGGUAAGAUCCUGUAUAUGUUAUCAUUACACAAAUUCUCCUCACACUGAUCCACAUAUUAAUGUGUUUGUAGAUCUGAAAAUCACAGAGUCUGAAUACACACAGAUCAUCUACUGUCUUCAGAUGAGAGAUCUGCCACAGAAAUCAUUGCUGGAUGUGGGCAGAACAGAGACAGCUGUGAACUAUCAACACAUUCAGUGAAGACUAAUAUUGUGUAUCAAAAUAAUUUUCUAUCUGUUGCCUGAAAACUCAUCAGACCAGGCAACAUUUUUCCAAUCUUCUAUUGUCCAGUGUUGGUGUGUUUGGUGACACAGAUAGAGUGAAGUCAGUGUCAGUGAUGGAGGGAGAUUCAGUCUCUCUAAACACUGAUGUUACUGAAGUACAGAGAGAUGAUCAUAUACUGUGGAUGUUUGGACCUCAAGAAGUGCGUAUAGCUGAAAUUCACAGACAGAACAUCUAUAUAGAUGCCACUGGUAUGAUAUUUGAGAAAAUACUCCAGAUGGACAGUCAAACUGGAUCUCUGACCAUCAGAAACAUCAGAUCUGAACACACUGGACUUUAUAAACUACUGAUCAUCAGAAGAGGAACUUUAUACAAGAGAUUUAUUGUUACUGUCUACGCUCCUCUCCCUGUUCCUGCCAUCACCAGAGACUCUUCAGACUGUUCAUCAUCAUCAGUGUCCAGAUGUUCAUUGCUGUGUUCAGCUGUGAAUGUGGGUCAUGUGACUCUCUCCUGGUACAAAGGAAACAGUUUAUUGUCCAGCAUCAGUGUGUCUGAUCUCAGCAUCAGUCUCUCUCUACCUCUGGAGGUGGAAUAUCAGGAUAAAAACACCUACAGCUGUGUGAUCAACAAUCCCAUCAGAAACCAGACCAAACAUCUGGACAACACUCAACUCUGUCAGACAUGUGCAGACCAACGCUCAAGUUUCAUGAUGGCAGUAGCUCUUGUAGCGCCGCUGCUGCUGGUGGUCAUAGCUGUAGUUGCAGGUUUGAUUUACCACAGAAACUGUAAACAACCAGGAAACAAAGAUCUGACAAUCACAGAGUCUGAAUACACACAGAUCAUCUACUGUCUUCAGAUGAGAGAUCUGCCACAGAAAUCAUUGCUGGAUGUGGGCAGAACAGAGACAGCUGUGAACUAUCAACACAUUCAGUGAAGACUAAUAUUGUGUAUCAAAAUAAUUUUCUAUCUGUUGCCUGAAAACUCAUCAGACCAGGCAACAUUUUUCCAAUCUUCUAUUGUCCAGUGUUGGUGAGUCUGUGUAAAUUGUAGCCUCAUUUUCCUGUCUUUAGCUGACAGGAGUGACACCGGUGCUUCUGCUGCUGUAGAUCAUCUGCUUCAAGGUUGGAUGUGUUGUGCGUUCAGAGAUGCUCUUCUGCAGACCUCACUUGUAACAAGUGUUUAUUUGAGUUGGUUGUGAUUCCUCUAGAGUGUGAUGUUGAAGUCGAUGGUGAAGCUGGAGGUUCAUUGCUGAAAUUUCACUUUGUUUAAACUCUCAGUUUGAAAUUGUCAGGCAGCAUGAGUAAAUAUAUCUGCAAUAUACUUAUACACAUGCAAUAACAUAUCUGUUCACUUAUACAUUUAUAUAUUAUAAAGUAUAUUACUCAAUAUAAAAUUACAUGCAUUGUGAUAUAUUAGUAAAUAUAUUGUCACAUAUUUUUCAGUAUAUGAAAAGUGGCAAUUCCUGAUGUAUUAUUCAAUAUAUUGUAAUAUAUUAACACAAUAUAUUAUUCUGUAUAUUUUCAAAUAUACCAUUAAAUCAUUUAAUAUAUUGA